AUGGUGGCAGCCUUUGAAAUCAAACAAGAAGAAGAAAUAGAAGAACAGCUCAGUGACCAUGAAGACGGCGAGCUGUCGACUGACGAAGAUGAAGCACCGACUGAAAUUCCAGCUAACAAACCAAACUGUAGGUGGUUUAAUUUACGCAAACCUUAUUAUUUCUGUUUUUUUCAGUACUGAUAGACUAUCCCUCAUCGGACGACGAAGUGCCGCCAGAAGAAGUCAUCAAAGCGUACGCGGAGAAAGUGAAGAAAGUAGAAGUGGAAGCAGUUGAAGUCGAUUCGAAAAUGUGUAGAGUCUGCGUGAAGAAUGAACAUAAAUAUAGAUGUCCCAGGUGCGAUAUCCGCACGUGCUCCCUUGAUUGCUCGAAAAAACACAAAGUAGACAAUGAUGUAAGCGUUUGGAAAGUUUUCCGUAAAAUAAUAAUUGAUUUUAAAGUGUGAUGGUGUCAGACAGCCUUUCGCAAAAGUCGCGAAGCUAUCACAAUACGAUCCACAGAAGUCGAUCGACGACCAGAAGUUCAUGCAGUUGUUGAAAGAAAAAGUCGGAUUAGGAACAGAACAAAACGCAGCAUCUAGCAGCGAAGUGACUAAUUCUGACGGAGAGGAGAAGCCGGUGGAUACGAACGCUCUCAGAUACACAACGAAUUCUCCAACUGAACGUUACCUUCUAAACGCCGCCAGAUUCCGUCAUGUCUGGCUGGGCUUCACGGAUGCACCAGGAAACGAAAGCAGACACGAACAACACUCGGACACUGUAUUCUGGAAUAUGAAGCUUGCAUUUAAGAAGCAAAAAGCGGACGGAGAAGUGGAAGUAUUCGAAAAGAUUGUUACUAACAUUCCGGAGACGAUUCGUCUGGUCACAGUGCUCAAACAGUUCUUCAAGCCACGUCAGUACGGUUGCAUUGUGUCAGAGAGCGAUCUGGAAAUGCAGAAGUUGAAGCCGUUUAUCGAGAGAGGAAUUGACGACGUGAAUAUAUUCAUGGAAGUUCACGGAAGACCGGAUCGUUUCUACGGAGUUCUCGCUAACAACACAGUUCUCGAAGCGACCAGAAAUCGUGUUGUGGCCGAUCACCCAAAGUUCGUGAUUAUUUUGAAGGACGAAUUCAUCGAUAUGCAACUCUUGUCUCCGGAAGAGUUGGAGCAGAUUCAAGCGAAAUACGGAGGAGUUUCCCAUGGAAAUGAACGAUUCGGCGGCGGAGGACACCGAGGACGUGGUGGAAGGGGAUUCCAUCGAGGAGGCGGACGAGGUGGCGGCGGACAGCACCAUCACAUCAAUUCCAGAGUUUGUCUUCAGUUGUCCCUAUCUGAAAAACAUUUCUUCGUUUUAGAAAAGACCAGGACAAGGUGGUUAUGAUGGCGGAUUCAAGAGAGGAAGAGGCGGAAACUUCAACAGCGGAAAUCGUCGUGGAGGAUAUCAGAAUAGAAAUAACGUAGAUUCCUUUGACCCGUUCGAGCCGUUUGCAGGACCGGUGCGCCUUCCGGUCGAGUACAAUUCCUAGAGUUUAUUUUCACAUUAAAAUUUUGUUAUAUUGUGUUGAAACAUUUCUUGUACACCCUUGUUGAUUUUUUGAUUUUCGCUUUAUCCAUCAUGAAGUUGAUCACUCACCUUUCUUUCUUUACAUUACCCAUAGAAUUCUGCGUAACAAUCGCCACCCUUACUCAUCCACAUUCACCCAAAACAUUGAAACGAGAACUUUAGAGUUUAGAUUAAUGUCGGACAUGCCAUCAACAUCCGCCGGCCUGCCGGAAGAGGUGAACGACGACGACGUGGCGGACCUUCUGGAGGACAACGACGAUGACGACAUGAACGGAAUGCUGCACGGAGUGAAUGUGCUCUCGCAUCUGGCGGGCAUGGAAAGCGAGAACGGAGAACAGCUUGAAGAAGGAGACGUGGAGGGGAUGGAUGGAGAUCAGUUGGUGCAGGUGAUCAAUAUGUUCAUGAGAAACGAAUGCAGUUACGAUCAAGUGAUGCGAGUGAGCGGAGGGCAGACACUUCAAGAAGAACUCGGCGAAGGAAGACGACGGCAGAUCAGAUUGGGAGAUGAGGACGGAGUGGAAGAGGUGAACGCGGCUGCAGAGGAGUACUACGAGGAAGAGGAGCAAGAGACGAUGGAGGAGUACGAGGACGACGAGGACGCGGUGCUCAUGGACGAGGUGGAGUCGUCGGCGAUGCACGCGAAUAGAGGAAUUCCGAUGAGAGUACCCUCUCGAAUCGAGGAUCGAUUCGAUGCGUUACCGGAAGAAGCGAGAUAUAUAGUAAACCAAAUGAUGGGAGAGUCGGCUUUGAGCCUCGGCGUCUCCGAAGGUCCCAUGAAGAGCAUAUCAGAAGCACUCCGAUCUCAGUUCGAUCGGACCAGCGGGGAGAGAGAACAGCCGCCCCUGAAACAAGUGAAGCUGGAGGGGGAAGCCCAUUCUUCUUCACAAGAUGACACUUCAGGAGGAGGAGAGCCGCGAGAACGAGAUAGGGGAAAAGCGAAGAGACUGGAUUCACUGCUCGGACAGGCGAAUGUGCUGGCAGCACGCGGAAAUGUCACGGAUGCGAUGGAACUGCUUCGGGAGGUGAUCAGACAGGAUCACAAGCACGCAAUGGCCUACCAGCAGAUAGCCACCGUGUACGAGCAAGAGGGCGAUCAUCAGAAAGCCCUUCAGUUCGGACUUCUCGCUUCGCAUCUGGAUCCACGAACUCCGGCCGAAGAUUGGGUGCACUGGGGAGACGAGGCUACCAAAUUCAAUAUGCUCGACGAGGCGGCGCUUUGCUACGACAGAGCGGUGCACUUGAACCAGGAGAACUGGAAGUAUUACGAAAAACGAAUAGACAUAUUGGACCAACUCAACCUGAGACCGUUGGCAAUGCGAACGCGCCUCCAGGCAGCCCAAUCCAUCAACCAUCAUCUGGCCGACGUGGACUUUCAGUGGUUCAACGAACUGAUUCGAAAAGUCGCACACUAUUACAUUACGAUGAACGACGAGGAGAAAGCCAUUCUAGCGCUGGAAGCGUUUGUGCUAAGAAGUCGAGAGUUUGGAGAGAAUGCGGAGGCGCAGCACGAAACGCUCGUCAAAAUGCAUAUGACGAAGAACAAGUUCCACCAGGCCGGAAAGUCGAUCGUUUCCCUUUGCAAAGGAGUUCGGGCAGUGCACAAAGAGACGAAAGAACCGGCGUGCGACGUGAGAAAGUUUAAAGGUUCUCGCGUAGAAAUAUAGUUUUUUUUUUGCAGAUCAAGUACACAAACGGAACGUACGAAUGUCUUCCGUUUCCUCCUAUUGGCCAGGUUGAGUAUGAAAUCGACGUUAGUCAGUUUCCGAUCAGCAUGCAUUGCCAUCUGAUUAUAUGUCUGUUCUGUCUGAAUGAGAUUGAUCAGUCGACAGAUUUAGAAGAACAACUGUUGAAACGAACGGUGACGGCUGGCGACGAAUCGUUUGUUCUGGAUGUGCCACGAGCAUACAAGGCAAGAGGAAAUCCACGAUUUUCCAUGGUAACUAGCUUUUCUUCUUGUUCCUCUCAAACUGUCAAAUUUGCAGAGAUUCCUGGUAGAACUGGCAAAAAAUCAGUCGUACGACUGGGAUACCUCCGGGGACUACUGGUACCUGAAAGGAUGUCUCGAGAUGGCGCAGAAGAACGACGCCGCCGCGAUGGAGGCAUUUGAGAAGGUUCUCAAUCUGCAGCCGGAUCACAUCGACAACCGCAUCCAUCUGUCCACUCUCCAGCAAAAGGCGGGGCUCUUUGACAAAGCGCUCGAAACUCUGCAGGACUACGACCUCGAUAACUGCUCCGCGAUGCCCGAUGAACGUCUUCUCACGCGUCAAGCCGAUGUGCUCUUCGAAGCGGGAGACUCGGAGCAGUUCGUACGGACGACCCGGAUGAUGCUCGCUCCGCACUUCUACAAAAUCUACACAGCCGCAGAAUCACAGAAAAAGCGACGCAGCGUUAAGGGAAAGACUGGAAGUGAGUGGGAAUUCCCGUGCUUAGAAAUAAUGUUAUUUGAGCUCCAGUGCUAAGCAGCACACUGAGAACGUGCGCGCAGAGUGUGAUCAAACACACCAACUGGGAAAGACUCGUCAAGAGACUCGGAGCAACUGUGGAAGCGAACGGAGGGUUCCAGACGACGAUGACCGCUGUGGAUGUGAGAUAGAAAGAGUGUACCGAUUAAAACGUUUUAUCUUCAGCUGCACGACUAUUGUAUGAAACUGGUAGGAUGUCUGAACAAGAUGGAAAAGCAUCACGACGCGCUGAUCGUCUGCUGUUAUGCCUUCCUUCAUCCAAUUCUCUUCAAAGAGGACAAGUGAGAGUUCCCCGAAAAGAGCGAUUCCAAUUCAAGUGCUUUCAGAACGACCACAUUUCAAAAUCUAAUUUACUUCUGCGCGAUCAAAGCUCAUUGCUGGAAUCUGGCGUUCGAGUACGUCCGCUACUUCUACACGUUCGCGCUCACCACGCACGCAGAUGGAAGCAAUGUGGCCGCGUUGGACAUGCUGCACAGGCGGCUCUUCAACGCGAUGAACUUUGUGUUCGUCAACUCGCAGAACGUGUGCUACCAUCGUUUCAUCAUGAGGGCUCUCGCGAAAACCAAGGACAACCACGCACUGCAGGCGAUUUCCGGCAACAAUUCUCUGAUCACGGGAACGUAUCGGCACGCGAUGGGCGAAUACCUGCGUGUGUGGGUGAAGAACAAGAAGAACCCGCUGAUCUGUCUACUUCUCGCACUCACCUUCACCCACAUGUCGUGCAAAAAGGAUCUGUCCAGUCGGCAUCUGAUCAGCAUUCGUGGCAUUGCGUUCAUGAAAAAGUACUCGAAAGUGCGCACGUGCCAGCAGGAGAUCUACUACAACACAGCCAGAAUGUUCCAUCAGAUGUCCAUCCUGCCGCUUGCCAAACACUUUUACGAUAAAGUUCUGGAAGAAGCGCCUCCGACUGUGUUUGCGUUCGACGACGAGGGCAACGAAAUUACGAAGGAGGCACUGAGGUACGCCAUAAAAAACAAAAGACAGUUAAACAUUUUGAAUCUGACAUGUUUCAGAUACGAUUUGAGAAAGAUGGCCGCACACAACCUCGCACUGAUCUACCGUACCUCUGGAAAUAACUAUGCGGCGAGAGAAAUCUAUGAAAAAUAUCUUGUUGUUUGA